UAUAAAUAAAUUAGCAAUUUAAUUAUUUGGGAAAACUUAGUUAACAAAAAUGGCUGAUCCGAAACAAGUACCCAACAUUAAGCUAAAUAACGGAAAGUCCAUUCCGGUGGUGGGUUUGGGCACCUGGCAGUCGCCCCCUGACGGUAGCCUUUAUAAGGCUGUGAGGGCUGCCAUCGACGCCGGCUAUCGGCAUAUCGACUGCGCCUAUGCCUACGAGAAUGAGGUGGAGGUGGGAAAGGCUAUCAACGAUGCCAUCGCUGAUGGAAAGGUGAAACGCGAGGACCUCUACAUAGUGUCCAAACUGUGGCUCACAUUCUUCCGACGCGAUCGGGUAGAGGUGUGCGUCAAGAAAAUGUUGGCCAACCUGAACACCCCGUACCUGGACCUGUGUCUAAUGCACUGGCCCAUGUCCUUUGGCGACAACACCAAUGAUAAAGACCUGGUGCCUACCGGUGCUAAUGGUAAGGUGAUUGAGGGCGACAUCGACUACUUGGAGGCCUGGCAGGGACUGGAGGACGCCGUUAAGGCCGGUCUCGUCAAGUCGAUCGGUAUCUCCAACUUUAAUAGCAUUCAAAUCGAGCGAUUGUUAGGUGCGGCCACUAUUAAGCCGGUGACUAACCAGGUGGAAAUUCAUCCGUAUUUGGCGCAAACAAAGUUGAAAAAGUUUUGCGAGGACCGGGCUAUUACGCUGACGGCGUACUCACCGCUCGGUAAUCCGGGUUCGGCGGCGAAUACCGCCGCAGAUAAGGACAGGCUAUUGAAGGAACCGGUAGUUUUGCGAUUGGCCCAGAAGUACAACAAAAACGUGGGACAAGUGUUGCUGAAGUUCCAGGCUCAAAGGGGGAUAAUAGUGAUCCCGAAGUCCGUGAGCGCCGACCGAAUCCGCAGUAAUAUUCAGAUCUUUGACUUCGAGUUAACCCCACAAGAGAUCCAGGAGUUGGAGUCGUUGGACAGAAACUACAGGAGCUGUCAGUUCGAUGUGUUCGGUAUUCCGCAGCUCACGAGAUAUCCCUUCAAAGACAACAUCCCUUUCUAGACACGUGUUUGCACUGGAAAUGCGUUUUUUAUUAUUAAUGAAUGAAUUUAUGAUAAAUUUAUGUUUUCGUUGAAAUCCAUGUAAUCGUGUGUUUGAAUGCAAUAUGAAAUGCAAUACAAAUUUAUUCAAUUAAAUAAUAAAACAUUUUGAAACAAAAA